AGCCAGUGAGCUUCUAGAGGGGGCGCGCCCUUUCUCGGGGGCGUGGUCUCCUGGCCAGCGGCCGGGCUCAGAUCCAGCUGCCAGUGCCUCCGGCCCCACAGAGUCACCUACAGAAAACUGAAGGCUUGACGGAUCCAGGGGAGCAGGGCCUAUGGACACCUUCAGCACGAAGAGCCUGGCCCUGCAGGCCCAGAAGAAAGUCCUCAGCAAGAUGGCUUCCAAGGCCAUGGUGGCUGUGUUUGUGGACGACACCAGCAGUGAGGUCUUGGAUGAACUGUACCAGGCCACUAAGGAGUUCACCCGCAGCCGGAAGGAGGCACAGAGGGUAGUGAAGAACCUGGUGAAGGUGGCCGUGAAGCUGGCUGUGUUGCUGCGGGCAGACCAGUUGGACAGCAACGAGCUGGCCCAGCUGCGGCGGUUCCGGGUCCGGGUCCGUAGCCUGGCCAUGACAGCCCUCAGCUUCCAUCAGGUAGACUUCACCUUUGACUGGCGUGUGCUGGCUGCCGGGCUGCUGGAGUGCAGGGACCUGUUGCACCACGCUAUUGGUCCACACCUCACAGCCAAGUCCCACGGCCGCAUCAAUCACAUCUUCAGUCACUUUGCCAAUGGUGACUUCCUGGCCGCACUGUACAGCCCAGCAGAGCCCUACCGGAGCCAUCUGUGCCGCAUCUGCGAUGGCCUUGGAAGGAUGUUGGACGAGGGUGGCAUCUGACCUGGAGUCCUCCACUGGUGACUGGUCCCCAAAAACACAGAACUGCCUGUGCACGAGGCAGUAUCUCCUGUUUCUCCUGCUGCAACUUACCUGCUUUUGUCUAGUUUCUGCUUCAUCUCCCUACCUCCUCUUCUUACUUCUGAGACAGGCUUCAUGUAGCCCAGGCUGACUCCAAACUCCCUAUGUAGCCAGGGCUGACCUUGACCUCCUGAGCCUCCUGCUCCCACCUCUGAGAGUGCUGGACAAUAGGUGUGUGACAACACCCCACUGUCUGGGCAUUCUCAGUCUUUCAAAUAAGGUUGUGGAGAAUUGGGAGAAAAAAUUGCAUUCCCCUGACCCUUA